AUGCCAACACCAAUACCGCUAACGAAAGCCAAGAACCCGCCGCCACUGCCCCAUGAGAUGCACAACAACAUCAAUGCCCAUUAUGGUGGCAGUGCGGCCCUCAGCAAUCAUCAACCUCAUCCGCAUGCGCAUCCACACACUCACCAUCAGCAGCAGCAGCAGCAGCAGCAACAACAGCAAGCGCAGCAGCAGCAACAUCCGAACACCAAAUCGCCCAACACGAUCAGCAACACACAAGCAACACCAACCGGAGGAGCAGCAGUAACAACUGCGAGCAAGCAACAACCACCGGGAAACACCAACACACCAACGAAAGCUUCGCGUGAGGCCACUCCCACAAGGGAUCAGCAUCAGCAACAUGUCACGCCCACACGCGAGCACCAGCAGCAAACGCCCACCCGCCAGCAGCAACUGCAACGCGAGCAACAACGUGAACAACGCGAGCAACAGCGUGAACAACGCGAACAACGCGAGCAACAACGUGAACAACGCGAACGACAGCAACAUUUGCGCGAGCAACGCGAACAACGCGAGCGGGAGUACCAACACGACCACGAACAACACCACCACCACCACGAACAACACCACCACCAACACCAUCGUGACCACCACGAGCAACAACUACACCAACAACACCACCACCACCAUCACCAUCACUCAUCUGGAUCACAGCAGCAACAGCAGCGCUACAGCAGCAGCAACAGCUACAAAUCUCAUAAUAAUUCCGUUUACCAGUAAGGAGAAACCGAGAAACAACUAAGUCAAAAAUGCAAUUCUAGCAAUUGGAGCAACAAUUUUUUGGAAACAUUCUUUCAAAACUGCAACAGCAAUUCAAUCAGUAAACAGUUUAAUUGUGCUACCUAUGUUUAAAACGAAAACCAAAAGACCUCUGCCCCUCAUGCACGCCUCCUUCUUCACUGAACACAACGCGCUUGACAGAAUAUCUAUACAAAAUUAACCCCCAAAAUGGAACCCGAAAUUUCCCGGCUAUAUCCUAAUUGAACUAUUUUUUAUGAGUCACCAUAUCUCGCUUUAGUAGGCCCCCUAGUAAUGUGUUUAUUUGUUGUAGCUGAAGAGAUGCCUUUACCAAAAAAAGAAAGCAAAGGGUCUGUGAGACCUGUUCGUAAGAAAUCCCUUAUAAGUUUCUUUUUUUUUCAGUAAGAAAUAUUAAACAAUUUCAAAAAUAUCAAAUGUAAAAUUUUACCACUGCCGAGGUUAAAGAAAAAGUAAAAAGAAAAAUCAAGGGCAUCUCUCUACCUCACUUGGCUUUCCGUUCCAUGUGUCUGCCCACAGAACUCUCUCCUAAUACUAGAACCAAGAACCACUCCGAUCCUCAACUAGAAUAUCCAGAGACAAGACCUAUCCAGACCUUAGGCCUCCUAAGAACCUCUAUCGAACCACGCGCUAGUCGAAUUGUGUAAAUCUGUGUAAACUCUAAAACAUAUUAUUGUAUGAUUAUUAUUACUAUUGAUUAUCAAGCGAGCAACGUAGCCUAGACCGUUAGUCAUUACUUGUUUAAACUAGUGACCGGACAACAAGUUUUGGUUCACGAGAUUACUGUAAGAGCAAUGUUAUUUGAUGAUAUACCCACAAGAGCCCCCAAAAGGAAGAGCAACCACAACCCAAAUAAGGCAUACAUUAAGAAAAUCAAGAGCUUAACAUGUUUAAAAUGAACAAGUAAAAUAUCUAAAAAUCCCUUAAACAGUAAGCAAGCAGAAGACGAUGCAGAGAAGAAUUGUGAAAAAAAGAUUAAAGGCACAGACACUGUAAAAUAUAAAAAUAACCAGAAAACUAGUAACGAAUUAUCGCUUUUGUUAGAUUCAAACACACACUAACACACACGAACACACGUAUGCACGGCACUCACACACACACACUCGCAUGCAUAUUGCCAAAUUGAUUGUAUUUACAGCAGCAAAUUGAAGAAAAACUAAGAAAAAACCAAGAACAAACAAAAAUGAAGCCCACCUAAGCAAAGAGAUAAUUUGUAAAAAUUUAAAAUAAUCUUAAAAUUAAAUCACAAAAAAUGUAAAAAGCUAUAAAUAUAUAUUUAAAGAAGGAAGCCACAAGAACACACACACACACACGAGAACACUUACACUAACACCCACUCAGAAAUAAUUAGCCCAGAAAGCGCAUCAAUUCUAAAUUUUAACCAAAAUAUCAAAAUAUAUACCCGCAGUGUUGUGAGGUUCAUCGAAGUUUCUGCAUUCUGACAUCGACUGAAAUUCUCACACAUUAAAUUUGAAUUUAUUUCUUGACUAUAUUUAUAGUCCUUCGCAUUCCUUGAUCGAUCUGACAACACCGCAAGGCAUAUCCCUGUUAUUAGUACAACUUAAACUGCACACUGCACAAUUUUUGAAUGUUUGUUAAAUGUUUUAAAGAGCAAAAGCCGACACCAGGAAAAUUCGCUGCAAAAUUGUAUUCUCCUCACCGAAAAACUAACCAAGAAAAGUCCCUCGCACCCCAGAAUCGAUCCCAAAACCCAAUUCCAACCCAGAGAAAAAUGGUAAACGAAUUAUGAAACUGCUAGGGCAGAAGGACAUCUAUGUCUGCUCUGCCACUAAAAAUGCAAAAAUAACAUUAACGCUGUAGAGACAAGAAGAAAUUAACGCUUAAAAUUUGAGGUUGAUUGGCAUUAAGUAAAAGUUAAACGAUGUUGAAGCAGGAAGAGCCGAGCCGACAGGGCGCGAUCACGAGCAAGUAAAAAAUUAUAAAACAACUUAAAGCAGGCACGAUGAACAACCGAUAGUGCUGACUAUAACUUCAUACGUAUUGUGUAAAAUAUUAGCAAAAGACGAAUUCCUUUUUAUAGAUCAAAAACCAAAGAAACCAACGUAUUUUUCGCUCUCUCUAUCUUUCACCUUCGAUUAUACGAUCUACGAUCUACGAUCUACGACCUACGAUCUACCUAUUAUAUCUGUCACUCACUCAAUCAGUCAAUCGUUCAGUCAAUCGUUUCGGCAAGUUUGUUGAUUUCGUUUGUUGUGUGUGAAAGUGUUUGAAAUAAAACGAAACCUUUGCAUGUCACAAGAGCAAUUUGUUCACCCUGAGUCCCCCCAAAAGAAGGUUAUCUUUGUGUCUAACGAUGUGUAUAGGGCAUGGUUCCCAUGCCGGGCUUGUUUUCAUCAUCUCAAAUCUUCGAAACGAAAACUACUCCUCUGCUUAACUCUCUCUUAUUAACUCUCUUUAUGUAUGUGUCUGUGUGGAAAGUAAUUAUACAAAAUUAUUAAAAUUGAAAUUGAAUCGUUAUAUGAGGUAUUGUACUUGUAUUUUUGUUGACUAUUAUGUAAUUAAACGCUUUACUGAAUAUCAGUUGUGUACAUUUUUUAGCUAAAAGAAAAAAUUAAAAACCAAAUUCAAGCAAAGAAGCUUAUGCUGUUACUUAUUGUUAGUGAAUUUACCGCAAAAAGAAUGAAACAAAAAUCUAAGAAAAACCAAGAACUCAAGUUAAAUUUUCAAAAAUUUAUAAAAAACUAUAAAAUCAUUUUGCAACGUUCAUGCGUGACGAGAAGCAUCAAGGGGAUUGCCUUGUGGACGACGCACUUACGCCUUUGUAUAUUGCGAUACAUUUUGAUGAGAAGGCUUAACUUAAACUUUGAGAACUACCAGAUAAAUAUCUAUUUAAUAUAAUGUAUACAUGCAUACAAGCAAACAUAUAAACAUAUACCGUAUAUAAAACGUAUGCUAAACUAUAUCUAAAUUGUAAACGACAAUGAGAAGCAAUUUUAAGCAAAAUGAAGAAACCAUUUCAAUUUCAACUUCAAUACCCCCACAUGCAACACACUCGGAUGAGGAAACCAUUUAUGUGAAUUAAUAUGUAUAGAACUAUAUGUAUAACUAUGAUUACAAACAGCAACAAGGCUAUCUAUAUGCUAUGCUAAUGAAAGGGUAAACGGCAUUUAAACUCAUUCAACCAAAACAAACAGAGACCGCAUCACACGGGAAGGAAAUGAAAGCUUAUAAAUACCAUAUAGAACCGUAUAUGUACCAUACCAUAUAGAUCCACAAGCCAUGUACCACGUAAAUAUCGUAUCGUAUAUAGCAAUAGCAGUUAGUUAUAGUCGAUAUGGAUAGCUAAAUUACCGAAUAGCAAAGCCUCAGCCGAAGCAAACUUGUUGUACGAUUAAGAUUGAGCUAGACUUUUAACCAGAGAUAAUCCAACUUGUAGAUAUAUCGAUAUAUCACAUAUGAAGUGUAUGAUUGUGUAUAUUACCGGAUAACAGAAGAACUCUUAUGAUUUCCAGGUCUCGCUUUUGAGUUGAUCCUACGUAAAGACCCCGACAAAUAUAUAUCAAGUCCCCAGAAACUAAAAAAAACCCCUAAUACAUUCAGACCAGACCACAAAAAGAACUACAACCAAAACAAACUGUGCCACCUAGUACAUACAUAACAAGAAAUGGUUAUAUAUCUGUAUCUGCUAUAUAGACACGAUAAACACAUGAAUUAAACACUGACAUGUACUAUACCUAGAUAUAUUAUAUAGAGAGAAGGAAAACAUUCAAUGCUCACUUUUAUAUUUUUUAUCAUACAUACAUACCUAUAUCGAGAAAGCUGAUAAAAGGACACAGGACGAAGCACCGUAAGAACCACUGAACCACAAAACCAAACAAACAUAGGAAAAUUCUCAUGCCCAAAAGAAUAUAUUUAUAUAUAGUGUACACGUUCUAUAUGCCUAGAUAUGCGUUCCAUUGCUUUUUAGAGCCAAUUUGCUUUGCUUGCGAGACAAAAUCCCCUGGAAAACCCACGUACUUCGUUUUUAUUUCAACCCAUCCGAACCCCUUCAAGACGACAAUUAGGAACGAUAACACCAGGCAUUAACGCAAAAGAUCGAGCUAAACUAGUGCUUAGUGUUUAAAUAUAAACAAUUUCAAUGAAAGUAUUUCAGUUGUGUAUAUUGUAAAGAACAAUUAUAAAUGAACAAAUAUAAAGUUAAACAUUUAAAAGAUAAUUCAAAAAAUUUAUUGAAACAUUAAUAAAAAUAAUUGUAUUUAUCAAAAUUAAUACGAAACAAAUCUAAGGCAUUAGCAUAGCAAAAAAGAUAAUGGUAUACAUAAAUUGAAAUGAAAAUGAACACAAAAAGCGCUGAUUUAAUAUUAUAUUAUUAAUUAUAUUAUUGCAAACAACAAAGUGAAAAACAAAUGAUAUUGUCCUUGGUAUUUACAUAUACAUAAAGAAAAACAACAAAAAAUAAGAAAAAUAAAAAGAAAACGUUUUUUUA